UUCACUAAUAACACAGACGAUAGUAAUUUCUUCUUCAUCAAGGGAACUGGUUAUCAAACUCCAGUAAUCCUAAUUAACAAACAAGUAAUCACCUCCAUCUUACUCAUUCAAGGGAUUAAAUGUGGCGAUAAAGCAUCAACGAAGCAACCAACCUGGUAUCCUUCCUCUCCUUCUACUUCACUCAACUUCAUGAUGCUUCCUUGUAUAGCAUGCAAAAGCCCCCCUCCCAUGCAUCCAUAUACUCCUCACUGACCUCUGCAGGGGAAACUUCAGGAAUUGAUCCAACGUAGCAUGAGGAAGAGGCAGGAUCAGCGUUAUCAGUCUCCGGCAGGGGCGAAUGUUAAUAAGAAAGGAGGUAAGUUCGAGGAUGACGACGAUCUUGAGGCGGCGUGCCGGAGCCUCGAGAAAUAUCUAGUGGAGAUGAUGGUGGAAGAAGGGAAGGUGAGGGAGCUGGCGGACGUGGAGGAGCUGCUCUUGUGCUGGAGCAACUUGACGUCUCCCGUGUUCGUGGAGUUGGUGAGCAGGUUCUACAGGGACCUCUGUAACGACUUGUUCUCCGCCGCCGGCGCCAAUGACGACGACGACGAAGAAGAGCGUGAGAGUGUGUCAGAUGACUCCGACGUAUGAGAGUUAACUUUGAUCAUUGUGUCUUGAAUUUGUAAUUCGAUUACUCUUGUUCAGUUGUAGGAUUUGGCAUUUGCUUUUA